UGCUGGGAGCAGCAGUCCAAGACGUCUUGUCCUACCCUGAUCUAGUCCAGCCAAAAGUGACGGCAUGGCCUUUUCUCUUCCAGAUAAACCCAGGAAUUAGAUCUUUACCUUCUGGCCUUCCUCAGUCUCCACUUCCCUUCUUAGCAGCCAGAAAAACAAGAUGCUGGAAAACUGGAUCCUGACCAUCCUUGUGUCCGCGGGUGUUGGCUCGGUUCUUUUCAUAGUGGCCCUGUUCAUGCUGGUCAGGAACAACGCGCACGCCAACAUCUUCUGGAACGAGCUCGUCCUCGAGAAGAUCACCAACUUCGUCAUGGACCAAAGCAAGGAGCAGCGGAUCCUGAACUCUGUGUCCUACAACGCCAUCCGAGGGGACCCCGAGAGUGUUCUGGACUGUAUCGAUAAAUACUGCUCCAAGAAUGAGUGGGCCAUGAACGUGGGCGACGAGAAAGGUUUGAUCCUGGAUAAGAUCGUAGAGGAAAUUGACCCAUCCAUCGUUUUGGAGCUGGGAACGUACUGUGGCUACUCGGCUAUAAGGAUCGCUCGACUUCUGAAGCCGAAGGCGCGACUCCUUACCGUCGAAAAUAACGCUGAGUUCGUGCCAAUUGCAAAAGAAAUUAUUGAGAUUGCAGGACUGAGCGAUAAGGUAACCAUCAUCCAGGGCUUCUCACAGGAUGUUAUCCCCCAGCUGAAAGAAACAUACCAGGUGGACACGUUAGAUUUUGUCUUUCUGGACCACUGGAAAGAGAGAUACGCUCCAGACACCAUCCUUCUUGAGGAAUGUGGCCUCUUGCGCAAGGGAUCCGUUCUACUGGCUGACAAUAUAAUCUUCCCCGGGGCUCCAGAGUUCAUCAAGUACAUCCGCAGCAACAAGCGCUUCGAGUGCACCAGCUACCCUUCCCACCUUGAGUACAUGAAGCUGGAGGAUGCGAUGGAAAAGGCUGUCUACCUGGGAUAAAGAAAGCGAGAGAGGGAAAACUAACUAGUGUUCAGCCCCCGUUUCUGUGUGUGAACACUUAGUCUUGUCAGUGCGUGAACUUUAGCUUCCUGUAAUUUGGGACCUGUGAUUUUAAAGCAAGCUUUUCCCUGGAGGGUGAGGUAUAAAACGGGGAGAUGCAGCUGUAGGGAGAGCCUGUGUAUAGAUAGGCAGGCAAGGUGUACCCCCGCUUCCCAACCACAUCGUAAUCUUUCCCAUGUGGCUCAUGGCUGCUUACCUGAAUGGGUGAAGAACUUGCUUGUUGGCCCUCUCCCGCCACAGUCAUGGAAGCUAACCAGCUGUGAGCCAGCCAGCAGGCAAGAGCCAAGAUCUGCCUUCUCCAGGAGGCAAAUCCCUGCUAACGGAAGGCCCUCUGCCUGAAAUUUGGGGGCUGCCCUCGCUGCCCUCACACAUGCAUCAGAGCUCACCCGGUUCAGCCCUGCCUCCCUGAGUAGAACUUCAGAGGCCUGGAGGGAAGAGAGAGCCCUUUGGCAGUGCAGUCGAUUCAGCUUCAAGUCGGAUCCGUUGAGUUUCGCAGCCAAGCAAGAGUACAUCACUACUUCUCUCUCUCUCUCUGUCUCUGUCUCUCUCUCUCUCUCAAAAAAAGCAUUGGGUUAUACCUUCACAUGGGGUAUUUUUGGAGAAUUAUGCAGUAUCGGUGAUGCCGUUCCAUGACUGCAGCCUAUUCUAUGCAGAAAUCAUAGAAUAGUAGAGUUGGAAGGGACCUUGGAGGCCAUCAAGUCCAACUCCCUGCUGUUGCAGGAGACCAGCUUACACCAUCCCACUCAGAUAGCUGCCCGGUUUCUUUGUGAAUGUCUCUAAUGUGGGAGAGCCCCCCACCUCUCCAGGCAGCUGGUUCCGCUGUCAUAUUGCUCUAACUAACAGGGAAACCCAGAUUCAUUUUUCCAGGAAGAAACACAGACCACGGAGGUCGUGCUCCAUAAAAAGCUUAAGUGUGGCACACUCAGAGCAAUUGAAAGCCAGGAGCCCGAUAGAAGCAGGGUAAUUUGAGUUAACAAGCGCCUGCUUGCUUCUCUUCCACCACUUUUCCAGUGGGUUGGGAAAGGGGACAAAUGCCCCACCUCCCUUCGCUUGUUCCGAAUGUGAAGGGUUUGUCUGUGUUCCCAAGGCAGCCCUGGAGCCAGCUCUUAACGGGCACCAUUUUGCAAUAUGGCAGAGACAGAAAGAUGGAGCAGCUCAGAACAUUUCAGUGCAUGCCUUAGGGAUCAGGGGCUGGGCCAGCUCAGCACACACGUGUAGCUGCAGGAUCUACUGGGUUCCCUGAGGGCAGGCAUGUUGAAUGCCUUUCAAAUGCCAUUUCAGAGGAGUUCUCGGAGACUGGACUCCAGUAGCGAGCAGGGCCAAAACAAUACUGAAUGCUCCUACUGGCAGCAUCUAAACUUCAGGAGAAUUCCUGCAGUGGGGGGUAACCCACAAAGGAUCAGUGCCUGGGGAAGGGAGUGGCGCUAAAGGAAAGGGCACGGGCCCUCUGGGGAACCUCAUACCCUGGGCCUGAAGUUCUGUACCCCUUGAUUACAGGGUGACCUAUUUUGACCUUCUUUAAAAGUCAAAAAGAUGGUCACUUCAAGUUAGAAGAGGUUUUCUGGCAGCAACGAGACUGUGCUUCAUAUUCACCCUCUUUCCCACCAUUCAGGAACUAGGCACCCAUCUUGCUUAAUGUCGGGCAAUUUGCAGUGUCCCCGGGAGACUGUGUGGGGCAGGGUAUACUUACAGCAUUGUGUUCCUGGCUGACAACUGCACAACGGUGGUCCUUCUGCUGAAGCACCAGAAAUGCGUAGGUCACCAAAAUGUUGGAAUUGUUUUCGCAUCAUUUGUCACCUGCUUUUGUGUGGUGCUUCAGUCUCUCUGUCCAGGAGCCGGGAGGUGCAUCACUGGAAGAUGCUCCCGGCAUAACUGGGAAAGUGAGGCCGUUCCGCUGGAUGAUUGUGCAGCUUGGGUUGUGUCUUCAUCACUGAGCACUCCACAACUGCAGAGGAAUAGUCUACGCCACAGAAUGACCAGCCCACAACAGACCCUCUGCUUUGUAUUCCCACUCUCACAGGCUCCAAAUGGCAUUAUAUACAUAAAGAAAUAAAUUCAGAUUUCUAAAUAAAAUAGGUUUUCCACAGAGAA